AUGCACGUUCCUCGCCAUCUAUUGCGCGGCCUUGAUGACCUUCCAGGCGGCAUCGAUCUUCCACAAAUAUCUACCUCGACGGCCGCAGGAAUUAGUGCCGCUGUAGCUGGAAACAUUCUAAUCUCCCUCGCCCUCAAUUGCCAGAAGCUCGCACAUAGACGUCUCGAGCGCGAGCGCGAACAGGCCGCAAACGCCCCGCAGCCAUUGAAACCCACGCACUCCAAUGGCCACCUCCCUUCCGCGUCUUCAGACGAAGUCACCCCGACUGCCUCACCGUUACCCACCGCCGCGGUGCUGGAGACCGAACCUUUGCUGCCGGAAGCUGACGGCUUGGUUGCGGAAAGUCCUAAGCCAGGCAGGAGCUGGUUCUUCUUGCGCAGGAAGGCGUUCCGAAAUCAGGCUUACGAUGCUGAAUCCUCUCAUCUUGCCGGUACGCACGCCCUCAUGCCUGUCGAGGUCGUUCGGGUCACACCCGACGGCUCGGGACUGCAUGAGGAGCAGAAACAUGCCCGUCAAGAUGCCGCUGAGAGCGACUAUCUGCGCUCGAAGCUAUGGUGGUUUGGAUUCUUGCUCAUGAACCUAGGGGAGACAGGUAACUUUAUCUCCUACGCUUUCGCGCCCGCGUCUGUGGUGGCGCCAUUGGGAACAUUUGCUCUUAUCGCGAACUGUAUUUUCGCGCCUCUCAUGCUCAAGGAGCGAUUCCGGAAGCGCGACUUCUUCGGCAUCAUCAUUGCGAUUCUGGGAGCGGUUACUGUUGUGCUUUCAACGGACCCGUCCGAUACGCGACUCGGUCCAAAGGGACUUAUAGCGGCCAUCACGACGCGUCCCUUUGAAAUCUAUGCUGUCACAUAUGCUGUAGGCAUCGUAAUCUUGUCAGGCCUGUCAGAAGGGCCGGCAGGCAAACGCUACGUGUUUGUGGACGUAGGAUUAUGUGCUCUCUUCGGAGGGUUUACAGUCCUGUCUACGAAGGCCGUCUCUACGCUACUGACAAUGGAGUGGUUUGCAAUAUUCAAGGAGUGGAUCACCUAUCCCGUGAUUGCGGUGCUUCUCAUUACCGGAGUGGGACAAAUCCGCUACCUCAAUCGCGCCCUCAUGCGCUUCGACAGCAAGGUCGUGGUACCUACUCAAUUCGUGACCUUCAACCUCUCUGCCAUCGUUGGCUCCGCGAUUCUCUACGGCGACUUCAAGAAGGCGACAUUCCACCAGCUCGUGACCUUCCUCUACGGCUGCGGAGCGACCUUCCUCGGCGUCUUCAUCAUCGCCUGGGCACCCGUGCGUCCCUCGUCCGAUCCGGAAGAAGAAGAAGACGGAGCAGGGGCAGACGACGAUGCCGACACCGAUCCGACGUCCGCCGAGACCCUCACCAUCUUUAGUCCCGUCUCUAGUACUAGCCCCUUGGGAGCGGACAACGCAAGCACCAUUCCUGCCCCAGCCUACGGCAGCGUCCGUAUAGCCAGAAGCAGCCUCUCGCGGCGAUCCCGUCCUACACUCGCCGUGCCCGACAGCGGCGCGAGCGGGUCGGAGUCGGGCACGUCCCCCGUCCUCCGCAACCGGCACAGCAUCGUGAGCCUCUACGGCUUCUCCCCAGCACAGCGCGUGCUGCUGAUCAGCUCCUCGCCCCCGGACGAGGUCUUCGUCCGCCCGAACCUCGACCCCGAGCGUGAACGCGACCCCAACGCGAGCCCCGAGUCGCUCGGCCGCCGGCUCGAGUCCGAGGCGCGGCGCCCGGUACGGCGCUACUACUACUACUACUACGACGACGACGACGACGACGACGAGGGGGACGACGGCUAG